AUGGCACGACGACAACAACAACCAGCAAAGAAGAAGAAACGAGGAGGACGACUGUCCUCGUUAUUCCUACCGAGGAAAUCCAUAACAAUCUUGUUGAUGCUAUCAUUGGUUUGGUCUUGCAAGGCGUCUUCAUCAACAUCAUCAUCUUCUUCUUCACAAUCAACAUUCAGGCCUUCCAAGCCUUCCGCCGAUUUAGAAUUUCUAGAACCACUUUACCAGAAAUAUCCCCAUCAACCCAUCUUUCUGCAGUGCGUCGAAGAAGUGGCACUUUCCUUGCUUCCAUUGUUUUCAGAUGACAACGAAGAAGGCCAAUUCUAUAAACGAGCAUUCUUGGCCAUGACCGAACCAGAGCGGGUCAUCAGUUUUCGGGUGCCAUGGGAAGACGAUGACGGCAAUUUGCGAUACAAUCGGGGUUGGAGGGUCGAAUUUUCUUCCGUCUUGGGACCCUACAAGGGCGGCUUACGAUUCCAUCCCACUGUCGAUGAGGGCGUACUAAAAUUCUUGGGCUUUGAGCAGAUCUUCAAGAAUGCGCUGACGGGAUUGCCAUUGGGUGGGGGCAAAGGUGGGUCCGACUUUGAUCCAAAGGGCAAGUCGCCUCAAGAAAUGAAACGAUUUUGUCAAUCCUUCAUGACGGAACUGCAUCGGUAUUUGCAUCCUUCGACCGAUGUCCCAGCUGGAGACAUUGGAGUGGGAGGGUCUGAAAUUGGAUACAUGUAUGGAACCUACAAGAGACUGACUAAUCGCCAUGGAGAGGGUGUCUUGACCGGAAAGUCUUUGGCCUUUGGGGGCUCGCCCUUGCGACCCGAAGCGACUGGAUAUGGAUUGGUGUACAUUGCCAAAUUGGCCAUGGAAGAUCAAAGGAAAAAGGAUUGCAAGGAUGACAAGGAUGCCGAGGAUAAUAACGUACUGAAGGGAGUCAAAUGCAAAGUCAGCGGGAGUGGGAAUGUCGCUCAAUACGCUGCUCAGAAACUACUAGAGCUUGGGGCAAAAGUCAUGACAAUGAGCGAUUCCAAUGGAGCUUUGAUCUUUGAUAAUGAUAAUGACAAUACUGGCAUGACACAAGAGGACCUACAACAAGUCAUGGAAUGCAAAAAUGUUCAUCGAGGACGACUAUCACAACUCGAAGGCAAGGUAUCGGGCCGAUAUAUUCCCGACGCUACCGUUUGGAAUCUACCACCGCAACAAAAUGUGGCAUGUGAAAUCGCUUUGCCAUGUGCGACUCAGAAUGAAAUUGAUGAAUCUGCUGCCCAAAGAUUGGUGGAAGAAGGAAUCUACUUGGUGGCAGAGGGAGCCAACUUGCCGACUACCACUCAUGGUCAAGAGAUCUUUCGACGAAAACAAGAAGAAGAUGGCCUGGUGUACAUUCCAGCCAAGGCAGCCAAUGCUGGAGGUGUCGGAGUCAGUGGAUUGGAAAUGAGUCAGAAUGCUCAAAAGUUGACUUGGACCACGGAAGAAGUAGAUGACAAAUUGCAAUCCAUGAUGAAGGAAAUAUACCAUCAGUGUCAAACGGGUGGAGAUACUACUACUACUACUACUAGUAGUAGUAGUAGUAGUAGUGAUGAAAAAGAAGAAGCCGCAUCUAUGUCAUUGGAAGAGGGUGCCAAUCGCGCCGGAUUCCGCAAGGUGGCUCAUGCCAUGAGAGAAUUGGGAUGGGUUCAGUGA